GUUAGCUUCGGAAUCCUGUGGCCGAUUGAGGGACGAUAUCCGUUUGCCGGUGAGUUCGUACGGCGCAGUCCCUGUUUAGAAGUUGACUUGAACGGAACUCCUCGUUUGCAGAAUCGGUAAAGGUUAUACCAAAGGAAUCGCUUUUGAUACUGAGCAUUGGCAGGAUACCCGACGUUGGGGGAGAAAGGAGAUUACGAGGAGACACGUGGUGGCAGCAGUGGAAAAGCCUAGCUGGAAGUGGGAUACGGCAAAAAAAAACGGAAGAGAGGCUUUUCGUCCUGACCGGUAGGCGAGCAGAGAAGAGAGCUCACGGAGAACAGCGUUCGACGGUUUUAACAGGAUAAAGUUUUUCCGCAGCUAAUGUGUGCCCCGCCCUGAGUUUCUACGCAGAGUUGGAAUUUGAAGGAUUUUGUUGCAGUACGGUAGUGAGUUUUUCGUGAUAUAUUGUUCUAGUGAAAGCACUGCUGGCAUAGAGAACGAGCUCAUUUAGGAAUUGAGUUUUAUUUCAACAGAAAGUUUAAAACAGAUUGUGAUAGUGACAGUCUAACAUUUCGGCAAAUUGCACUCGGCAACAGAAAAGAAGCGUAUUGUUCCUACAGUGUGAGAGCGAGAGUUGCUUGCUUCAAACGGAGAAUACGUGUCCGUAGAUCCUGUCUGGCUCAGUUGUACCGCAGUCGUCGUCGAACGUUAACGCGAAACCGAGAAGAAACCCUGUCGGGUGAAAAAUCAGAAAAACGCACACGGAAUAGGCAGACUCUGUCAAGUGGUGAAGAAAAUCAACUAACUCCAGUGGUAAAUUAGUGAUUUAUCGGUAAUUUCAAUCAGUUGUCUCAAACUUCGAAAGCCAAAAUGUUGAUUGGAUUAGUCCGAGAUUCGGUUAUGCAGUGCUUCUGCCACACGUGCCGAGCACCCAUUCUACCGGCAGUCAACCGUCGGUCAGCGCCCACAAAGAAACCGACCAAAACGCGUACCAAGCAGCCAAAAGCGUCCAAGAAGGUGAAAUUCAUCACAACCGAAAUCCGAUGCCAGGAAAAAUCCAAGGGUGGCCUAUGCUACGAGGUGAUUCUCGCCGAGCCAGCCGUGAACGUGACGCUACCGAAACUGCCAGUGACACCCGGUAAGGCCGUGUCCGCCGAGGAAAUCGAAGAGAAGCUGAAGGCCGCCGAAGAGCGGCGUCUGUCCCUGGAGGCCAAGAAGAUGGCCGACUGGUCGGCCAAGAUGGCCAAAAUCGAAGAAGCCAGCCGCAAGAAGGACGAAAUGGACCAACUAUUCAAAACGCACGCCAAGGAAUUGCUGGACACCAAAAUGGAACAGUACGAGGAAAAGCGGGAACAGCAGAUUACGGAAAUCAAAGAAAAGUUGAAGAUGCACGCAGCGGAAAUCGAAAAGACGCGACACAGCCUGGAGCAUACGAAAUCGGAAGAGCUGAAGACCCAGCUGGAGGACAAACUUCGGAUCGCGGCCACGUUGCGUGACGAUAAGAUCAAGAAAAUUCUGGACCGACUGAAGGAACACAACACUGACAAGCUGAACGAAGUGCGAGCCACCGUGGAUCUGCUCGAGUCGCAGAAAUCCGAGGAGAAGACCCGCAUUAUCGAGAACAAAUUGUCCACCGCCGAGCAGAACCGCGAGAAGGAGAUCCAGAAGAAGCUGGACCUCAUUCGCAAACACGAACGACGUGCGGAGAUUGUGCGCCAGAACAAGGCAGCCCUUGCCACUCAGAAGAACGACGACAACAGCGUCACCGCAUCGUCCGGUUAAGGACCUCCCCAGAGCCAUCGUACGAGCUUCCUUCUUUAUCCCCCCUCUCUUUCACUAUAAUUAUCUUUCUUCAACAAACAUAGCUACACCAUAUGAAUUACAACAAAGAGAGAAAAAAUGCACAUCUCGUCCCCGAUCUUUUGCCUCCCCCUCUAAGUAGUAGUGCUACAAAACAAAUUAUAGAAUGCUGAUGAGUAAAACCACGCUUGAAAAAGUAUCAGAAAUGGCGUGAAACGUGGAAUCACAUCAUGUUUAAAGAACAUCAAACAGUUCAAUCACGAAUCAAGUUGAAUAUCUAAAGAAAUACAAAAAGAAAAAAACGUUACAAUAACACUACUGAAAAAAAAGUAUUAAAAUUGCAAGAAAGCGUGCAAAGACAACAAGAGAUUUGAUAUCAGCAUAGCGCGUGCCCCUGCAAGCAUGCAAGCAAAACAAGCAAAUCUGCAAGCCGAACAGCAGCGCCGAAGUUAAGACGAAGAAAAACUGUUUAUUGAUUGAUCUAGCCAUUUGAAGUACCGCGUGCAACAGCAACCAAACAGAAGAUAGAUAGAUACAAAUGAACGAACAAAAUGAGACAAAAAUAAACACAAAACUUCUUCAAAAGAAGAUUUAUAAUCGCUAAAAUGGAAAUGAAUUUAAA